UUGUCGGGUUUACCCACACAAAGUGGACACCCCACAGUGGUAGCCAGAAGCAAUCUGGCUAUGCAACUGAAUAUCUCAGCCAACCUCUCCACUUCUUGAGGCUCCAUCCACACUCCGAACAUCUUACUUUUGGAAAGAUUGAUUUUAAGGCUCAAUACAACUUCGAAACACUUAAAAAUGGUGCAAAUGUUCUCCUCCAUGCCCUAUGAAGCAUCGCAAAAGAGGAGCGUAUCAUCCACGAAGUGGAGGUGCGAAAUGGGAGAUGACAUACCUUCAAUCAAGAAGUCUCGAGUAAAACCUCCUUCUCGGCCCCUCCCGAGCAUAUUGCUUAACACCUCCAUUAUCAGGAAGAAGAGAAAAGGAGAUAAAGGGUCUCCUUGCCGAAGGCCCGGGGAGCUUCUAAAGAAACCUUUGGUGGAGCCAAUAAUAAGAACGAGAAAUGGGCCGGGCUAACAUAUUCCCGAAUCCAACACCUCCACCCACAAUUUCAACAUCAUAUAAUUGAGGAAGCUCCAAUUGAUACGGUCGCAUGCUUUUUCAAUAUCUAGCUUGCAUGUGAUACCUUUUUCUCCCCCGUUGUGCCUAGAAUGAAGACGUUCAUGAGCAAUUAAUGCGCAAUCCAAGAUCUAACGACCCGGGACAAAGGCACUUUGAUUCGCUGAAAUGAUGCUUCCUAUAAUGUUCCAAAGCUGUGUGGCCAAGACUUCCGUUAAAAUUUUGGCUAAAAUUCUCUAAAGGACUUUCAGUCAAUCAGUUUAAUAGGUGGCCCAUAUGGUACUAGGUGAUACCUAAGUAAAAAAUUGCACUUGAAAAGCGUAUGAACUCCACAGAAAGAUCCCUUGAAUCCUGUACCCUUAAUGGUUUCAAACACCUCUCUCUUUAUCUGGUAAUGCCUUGUUAUAGUGGUUGAAUAUUAACUAAGCAUCAUGCUACCGAUGACUGCUUUGAUCCUAACAAUGCUCAGAGCAUCGAGUUCUUGAGUCUUGACACAAUAAGGCAAGAGAUAGGUUUCAUACCAAGGAAGCUGGCAGAUCUUCAGGUCUCAAGUUUCUUAUGCUAUCUCUUGUUGAAAUCUAUUUAUCUUGUGAAAAUCCUCAGGUCCUCUGUUUUAGGUUACUCUAAAGAGCCAGGCUACUUUUGAAUCAUUAGAUUUUUGGGUGAUGGCUUCACUAACGAGGAUAAUUCCAUCCACUUCUACCUUGGCAAUGCCCAUCUGGUAUUUGCACAUUGACUUUAGGAUCACCUUCUCCCUCUGGGAGUCUGGGUAGUGGGGAAAUUUGACAAAGAGACCAGAAAAAACUAAUGAGAGUCGCUGAGGAUGCCUGAUGUAAUUUACUUGGAAAUAAUGCAAGGGAGGUUGUUUCAAUGUGUUUGGUUAAGAAUUGAUAUAACUGGAUGCGUUCUUAUAAAUCUGGAACCAAUUUUGUCAUUAAAAUAAUAAAAUAGAAUUUCCCCUUCCUGUACUGCUUAAGAUGAUUUCUAUGAAAAUGGGAUGAAGAGAAGUGGCUUAUUGGUACGAGCAUCAUAUGGACGAAUUGAUGGAGAAACUUCCUAUUGGGUCCACUUUGCAUGCGUCAUCCAGAUGUGUGGAUAGUGGUGUUUGGAUAUAGUUAUAUUAUGAUGAUUAAAGUUAUGACUCUUCGGAAAACAAUUACAGUUAUGAUGACAACGAAUAUAUGGUGUUUGGCAGUGCAACUACCUAUCCAUAUAAGCAUGUGUGGAUGGUGCAAAGCUUUUUAAUACUGGAUACUUUCUCACGUGUCUGCAUGUGUGGGAGGAUGAGUGCAAUUUUUUGGUCAUGCUCCGCCAUUCUGUAUGGUCUUGAUGUCCUGAUUGUCUUAUAAUCAUGACACGUACAGUUUUUAAGUGCAUGUGCAUCAACCAUCCUACUCCAACCAUUGUAUUCCCUUUCAAAUAAAAAUCGAAAUCUACAGUGACUUGCAUAGGCGGAAUGUGGUAGGUGUAUAGAGGUGCCUACUCCAGUACUGCUGAUUUGGGGGGUAAUAAUUUGUGUAUAGAAGGCCCACAGCAUACAUCAGAUGAGCCACCCCAUGUUUUGUACUGAUCCCAAAACCCAUAAGGACCAAAUCAAAGGGAACAGUGUGCAAUCUUGCCUAUCUAAAUUCACAUGGUGGGCCCACCUUAAUUUUGGAAUAUCUUGAUUUUUUGAGUGUCCUUCGAUCUUAGUAGUACACAUCAAAUGAACGAAUUAGAUGGCAAAUGCAUGCCACAGUGGGCCUGGCACAAGUAAUGGUAGGCAUGACCACCCCAACUCUUCUUUAUGGUCCAGUCCACUUGAGUUUUGGAUGAGCCUGGUUUAUUGGGCUGCAAUGAUUCUGCACACCUGAUAAACAGUGUGGAUCUCAUGUACAUUACCUCCCUUCACAUGGCUAUGCGAGGCAUGCUAAAUGGACUUAUCAAAAUAGCUGGAUUGGCCUUUUUCUUUGAAUCCAGCAGUCAGCAUGGUGCAGCUAUUAACACCGGAGAAAAUAGGCAUGACGUAGUGCUAUUUUGCUAACUACGCUAAGAGAAUAGUGUAUCAAGGCACCAAAACAAAAUUACAUAUGCAGAUGGUCCUAUGUUUGUGCUAACUGCACUAUAAUGCACACUAAACGGGCCCAUAAAGUAUAACUAGAAAGUUCUCAGUAUAUCAUAUGAUUUGCCUUUUUCAAAUGUCGAUAUUUAUCUUCUUUUGAUUCUUUUUAUCUUUAUCAAUAUUCUAACAGUCAUGGGGUACUUUAAUCCUUAAUGACUUUGGUCCUUGGAGGAUGGUUUCUGAUAGUUUGGGUACAUUAGAGGACGGCGAUUCUUUUCUUCUCCCUGGUCUGCUUAGUUUUCCGUGGAAGGAUGUUGCCGUGUGUAGAUGUCAAUUUCGGGAAGUACUUUACCUCUUUGGUCUGAUGAUGCUGACCAUAAGAAAUUACUUGCUAAUAUGUAUCACGAUGAUAUUGGAUAAUACAAUGCAUUUCCGAGCUUGCAGGGAGGAUGCCUAAUUUACUUCAUUUGCAUCUCGCACAGCGACGAAAACAAACAAAGCAUCAGAUUUUGCAGUUGGCGGCACUUAUCAAGCUGUUGCAUUUUCAUAUGGAAGCACCUGUGCUUCUGGUGGAAUGAAGAAUUCUGAUCCUGGGUUGGAAUUUCCUGGUUUCCAUCCACCGUUCCCUGUGCCUGAAAGCCUAGUAAACAACCUGCCUCCUACAGAGAAGGUGCACCAGAUCAUUGCAAGAACUGCUACAUUUGUCAGUGAACAUGGAGGACAGUCGGAAAUUGUCUUGAGGGUGAAACAGGGAGACAACCCAACAUUUGGGUUUCUGAUGCCUGACCACCAUCUUCAUGCAUACUUUAGAUUCCUUGUUGAACACCAGGAACUUUUGAAAGCGGAAACCGAUCUUAAACCUCCAGAUGAAGAGAAGGUUAAGAGUGGACAGAAUCAGGCAGGUGGGGCGUUGUCACUGCUCGGAUCUGUAUAUGGAUCUGGUGAGGAUGAGGAUGGUGCACUUCAAGUUGUGUCAGAAUCUAAAGAAACGGACCCUGGUAAUUCUGUUGGUACUGUCAAUAUUCCCUUCUCGCAUGGAUCAAAUCAAGCAGAAUCUUCUACCUAUUUGGCUGUGGAAGAUGAGGCAGCUAUCAAGCACCUGUCUGUUGCUUCCAAUAAAAAAGCCUCAUCACCCAAAAGGAGUCCUUGUGUUACUGCAGUCUCUGUUGGUACUCAUAGCAAGAAAAGAGAAACUGAAACCUUUGGUUCAAUUCAGUUUUCUGUGGAUAAGCCACAGACCACUCCUAUGUUGAGCAUGUCUGAGGUUGAAGAACCUUUCAUUUUGGAGCCUCCAUCAUCCAUAAGACAAGCUGUAGACAAAAUAGCUGAAUUUAUUCUGAGAAAUGGGAGAGAGUUUGAAGCAGUCCUCAUUGAACAAAAUAGUACAAAUGGGAAAUUCAAAUUCCUAUUGCCAUCGAACCAAUAUCAUCCAUAUUAUCUCAAAGUUCUCCAAAAAGCUCAAGAGUCAAAGCUGCCAGGGAAGAGUCUUGCUUCUCAGAAACAUGAUUCACGGAGCCAUGCAUCUAGUAAGGAAAAAAUUCGAGAGAUGGGUAGGUCUAAAAGCAAAGACAUUGCACCAUCCAAAGGAUCUGCUGGAAAUGUGGCAAACACGGCAAACCAAUCGAACGGGUCACAUGUUUCCGAGAGAAAAGAGAAGUUUAAAAUGAUUAUUGGCGGGCCAAAGAAGGAUGCACAAGACCUAUCUUCCAAACCCAUCCAACGACAAUGUGGAAUGAGUGAGGAUGCAACUGCUGCUAUUGUUCUGGCUGCAACAAGAGGUCAUAGGCAUCCCAAAUCAGAUACAUACCCAAAGACAUCAUUUGAUGAUUCUGGUACAGGCAUCAGUAUUGGUGAGGGUGCGCGUACCUCAAGCAUUGGCAGUCUCCCCCUGUCAGGUCAUGUGCCCAGUUCCAUCUCAAAGCCUGUUUCUAAUGGGGAGCCAGGUUUCUCUAUGCCUGUUGGAUUGUCCGAAGCUGUUAGACCAUUAGACAAAGAAGGUGGCGGAACCAGUAAUGUGUCAGUUGCCAAGGCUAUUGCAAAAACAGCAGCCCUUGCAGCUGCCAGCGAAGCUGAUUCCUCUGAAGCCUGCUUGACAAGAGAGCAGAAGCAGAAGGUGGAGAGAUUGAAGCGGGCCAAGAUGUUUGCAGCUAUGAUAAAGGGUGGCACCCACCAUUCACGUGAACUCUUACCUCAUUUAUCCAUCAAGCAAUCAGAUUCUGCCCUUUUGGAUUCACAGGAGUCCUCUGGUUGUAAGGCAGGGGCAACACGUCCCUGUUCCUCACAGGCUGCUGCUGCUGCUGCUGCUGCUUUGAAUGUCUCUGGUGCUGAAUUUCCUGAUCUUAUUGCCAGAGAAAGAGAAGGUAGCUCAGCACCUGUAGAGGUCGGUGGCCAGGAUACGAUGGAAACGAGGAAUGAUUCUGAAGAUGAUCAUGAUGCAGAGCGGAGGAUAAGGAAGAAGCACAGGUCAAGAUCUAGAAGGCAUGAAGAAGACUCAGAGAAAGAUCAUAAGCACUCCAGAAAGAAGCAUCGGUCCGACCACCAUUCUUCACACCAUAGCAGAGACAACGAUCGCAAGUAUAGAAAAAGUCAUUCUCACCAUCGACAAGAGCACCACCAUAGUUCUUCUGAAGAUGAGCAUCUGCACGGAAGCAGGUCUUCCAAGCGCAGCAGAAGGAGACGUCAUGCAGAAACAGAGCGUGAGAUUGAGGAGGGUGAGAUCGUUGAAAAGCUGGAGAACCAUUUGGAUACCAGUGGAGUUGAAGAUAAUGGUGAGAGAGACAGGUCGUUGGAUUGUGCAAAUGAUCUUCAGGACAAAUCAGUGCCAAUGGUGGACAAUGAUCGGCCACCAUCAUCCGAUGCCACAGAGGUUCCUGAUGAUCUGAGAGCAAAAAUCCGGGCCAUGUUGUUGGCAACCAUGUAGUAUGGGUUGUUCUUGUUGUACUGUUAGCAUGGCUGCAAUCCUACCCCAUGAGGUGAAUAUCAAACUCCUCGUGUUCAAAAUCUUCCCUUUCUCCAUUCAAUGAAGUUUUGAAACUUGCAAGAGAGAACAGAUAAUAAUAAAGUUCUUUCCACUUCUCACCAUACAGAAGGUAUCACGAGCUUGCAAGGGGAUCCGUGAUUUGCUUCUCAGAAUGCAGGACAUCCAAAUCAUGUAGAUAGUUGACCCCAAAUAUCAGGGCGGCCUGCUCGUCAGGUGGCCAACACGGUUUAAAUAAAUGGAGGGCUGAUGGUCUGAAUGAAUGUUUAGGCAUGGUCUGUGCGAUGAGUGGAUCAGUAUUACUUCUGAGAGAAGUGAAUUUCAUGGUGCCCCCUCCUUUUGCAUGGGGAAGAUGCCUUACACGCCAGUCAGAUGCAGGUGAUAAUUUCUCACGUCUUAUAUCCUUUCAGAGUAAGCUGGGAAAGAUGUGCGCACUUGCAAUUGCCUAGCAACUAAUGUCAGAGCUGGGUCUGUCUGGGCCAGGUUGAAGCAUGCCCGGGUGCAGCCAUGAUCUAACGUCCUUAUUUUUAAUGGCGGUUCCAAGGAAAGGUACUUGUAGUGUUUUUUAUUUUGUUUUGUUUUUUUAUUAAGGGUGCAUGGAAAGCAGUAAAAACUGUCUUUCGUUGAAUCUAUUUUCACUGGCAUUCAAAAUAUCUGUUUUUUGUGCAACAUGCAAGUAAUAAAGCCUUGGAGUAACUGGAAUUGAUGUGGGUCUAUGAAUUGGACGUCGUACCUCACUCUUUUCUUUUUGUAUUGCAAUUUCUCAAUUAUAAUAUAAUGAUUUUUUAACUUUCCA